AUGUCACUUCGUAACGAAGAUGGCCUGAUUCAAGACCGCCAGGGUCAAGCUGUGGAUAAAGGAGAGCGCGUUUCAUGGCUACUUUGGGAUGCUGCUAUUGAGAUGCCGAACUAUCAACCCGCUAUUUUGAAGUUGAUGGAGGCAAUAAGAGCUCUUCCGGACCUUGAUAGAACCGAAGAACAGGUUUGCAGGUCACGCUUCAAGGAUCGGCUGGAAGACUGGAGGAACCUGGCCGCAUUCAACGAUAUUUGGGAAGAGACUCAUGACCGUUACUGGGAAAUGCGAUACGGUAUCUACCCCUUUUAA